GAAGCUCGGUGGGGACUCAGUGGGGACGGACUAAGAGACCCACAGUUCUCCUGGGUCCUGACGGUGCUGUAGCCCCGGAGCUAAGUGAGUGGGUUCCUUAGCCAGGGUCACGCGGGUGGCGUAUGCUGUUUCUCUAGUGAAAGGGUCGCGUAUCGCGAGGGUCCCUGAGCGCGGCUCCCGGAAGCCGGCAGGCUGCUCUUCCUGCCCGCGCCCCUCCGGUGCUGCUUGGGCGUCCCCGCAGGACCUCCGCGGCCCAGCUGCUCCCGGUCCAUGGCGAAGCCGGAGGAGCAUGAACCAGAAGAUCCUGAAGUUGGAAAAGUUGCUGCGAUUUCAUAUUGUCUGUAGGCGUUUGCACAGCUGGCAUCAAAGGAGAUUGCGAACACAGCAGAGGCAUGGAGGGUUUUCAUGUACCUACCCAGUGUGGACAGAUCAGGCCUGCACUCUGCCCUGGCAUACGCACAUGCUCAUUGGUGCUGCUUUAUCUCAAUAUAGGCUUCUCGUAACAAAGAAGGAAAAAAGACUACCAAACCCUUCGUUGUCUCCAGUAAAAUCUAAAAAGGAGGUAGAGGUGUGGAUCGGAAUGACUGUUGAAGAGCUAGCUAGUGCAAUGACAAAAGACGUAGAUUUCAUAUAUGAAGCUUUAUUAAACACAACUAUUGACAUAGAUUCACUUGAAGCAGACACACAUUUAGAUGAAGUCUGGAUCAAAGAAGUUAUAAAGAAGGCAGGAAUGAAGUUGAAGUGGAGCAAAUUAAAGCAGGACAAAGUAAGAGAAAAUAAGGAUGCUGUAAGAAGGCCCCAAGCAGAUCCAGCUUUAUUAACACCAAGGUCUCCAGUUGUUACUAUAAUGGGUCAUGUUGAUCAUGGGAAAACGACAUUACUUGACAAACUUCGAAAAACUCAAGUGGCAGCAAUGGAGGCUGGAGGCAUCACUCAGCACAUUGGUGCUUUUCUAGUUGCACUGCCUUCUGGAGAAAAGAUAACUUUUCUCGAUACUCCAGGACAUGCUGCCUUCUCAGCCAUGAGAGCCAGAGGAGCUCAGGUCACUGACAUUGUCGUGUUGGUUGUAGCUGCAGAUGAUGGCGUGAUGAAACAAACUGUAGAGUCUAUUCAGCAUGCCAAAGAUGCACAAGUUCCCAUUGUCCUUGCAAUAAAUAAAUGUGACAAAGCUGAUGCUGAUCCUGAAAAAGUGAAAAAAGAGCUUCUGGCUUAUGAUGUGGUGUGUGAAGAUUAUGGAGGCGAUGUUCAAGCUGUACAUGUGUCUGCACUUAUGGGAGAUAAUCUGAUGGCUUUGGCAGAAGCAACUAUUGCUCAAGCAGAAAUGUUGGAAUUGAAAGCAGAUUUCACUGGUCCAGUGGAAGGAACAGUAAUAGAAUCUUUCACAGACAAAGGAAGAGGUUCUGUUACGACAGCUAUAAUUCAAAGAGGAACCUUAAGAAAAGGCUCCAUUCUGGUUGCUGGAAAGAGUUGGGCAAAAGUACGCUUAAUGUUUGAUGAAAAUGGAAAAACAAUUAAUGAGGCCUAUCCCAGCAUGCCAGUGGGGAUUAUAGGCUGGAGAGACCUUCCUUCUGCAGGAGAUGAAAUUCUUGAAGUAGAAUCUGAGCCAAGGGCACGAGAAGUUGUUGACUGGAGGAAGUUUGAACAAGAAGAGGAAAAAAAUAAACAUGACCUAAAAAUAAUAGAAGAAAAGCGAAAGGAACACCAAAAAGCACACCGGAAAGUACUGGAGAAGUACAGCUCCUUGAACUGGAAGCAGAGGUUGUAUGUAAAGUACCUUGAAAGAAAAGAACAAAAAUCCUCAAAGCCUAAAGAAAAAGAAAGAAAAGAUUCAAAUGUACUUCCAAUAAUUAUUAAAGGUGAUGUUGAUGGUUCUGUUGAGGCCAUUUUGAACCUUCUGGACACCUAUGACGCAUCCCAUGAGUGUGAACUGGAAUUAGUACAUUUUGGAUUGGGAGACAUUAGUGAGAAUGAUGUUAAUUUUGCUGAAACAUUUCAUGGGGUGAUAUAUGGCUUUAAUGUGGAUGCAAGCAAGGCUAUCCAGCAAUCAGCUGCAAAAAAAGGAGUUAAAAUUAAACUUCACAAAAUCAUUUACCAUUUCAUUGAAGACUUGCAGGAAGAACUGAGCAGCAGAUUGCCCCACACUGUGGAAGAACACCCACUAGGGGAGGCAUCUGUAUUAGCUACCUUCUCUGUAACAGAAGGGAAGAAAAAAGUUCCUGUGGCUGGCUGCAGAGUUCAAAAGGGACAGCUAGAAAAACAGAGAAAGUUUAAAUUAAUCCGAAAUGGACAUAUUCUGUGGAAAGGCUCAUUAACCUCACUGAAACACCAUAAAGAUGACAUUUCAGUUAUCAAAACUGGAAUGGAUUGUGGUCUUAGUAUAGAUGAAGAAAAAGUAGAAUUUAAAAUAGGAGAUGAAAUUGUUUGUUAUGAAGAAAAGGAAUUUCCAACUAAGACUUCUUGGGAUCCAGGGUUCUAAAAUUACAUUAAAACGACAGGGUUUUCAGGAACUCCAGCUGGCCUGGAACGAUGCAGACCAGGCUUACCUUAAGAGAUCUGACUCUUCUGGGAUUAAAGGCAUGUACCACACACCUGGUGUCAGUCUUGUAAGGUAAUAGAGCGACCAAUGUAAGACACUUCACCUGUAAGGCACAGGACAUUUCCUCAAAGAAUUCUGACCCAAGUGCCUAAAAUGCUGGUCAUAGUAUAAACUGGGCAUUAAAUAUGUUAUCUUCCCCUGCCUUUCCCAUGCAGCUUGCACUUCCUAGGAGAUAUCCAGAAUCACUAGGUCCCACAUUCUAAAAAAAGAUCACACAGUGGCAGGAACCCAUCAGAGGACUCGGAAAUCAUGUAACCAAUCUGAUACCUCAAAAAUAUUCUUUAAAGUGGGGCACAUCAGUACACACCUUUAAUCCCAACAUUUGGGAGGCAGAA